GCUGAUGCUACCUACAAAAAAUGUGAAACUCAGAAAUGUGGGUCUAUGAGAGCUGGGCACACCCGUUCAGACUGUUAAACAAAACCCCCAAGACCUCUUAAGCUGUUUACAUUGCUCCAGGCUGCUUGUUACCCCUGCCUUACAACUUCACUUCAAAAAAGAACAAAAAAAGGCUCCCAAAACCACAGCAUCAUUGUAGACUCUAUGACAAUGACUCUAAGUGACUUUCUUUCCAACCUGAUAUUCCCGCAGUCUAACCGAUUUGCGUUUCACUGAACUUGUCAGGGUAUCUCACUCACAUUGACAUAAAAACACACUACAAAACUUUGACAUUGUAAAAUAUCCCAAGCUGCUUCACAGGAACAUAAUGUAAUAAAAUUAGACAAUGAGUGGCAUGAGGAGAAAAUUGGGUCAGUUGAGAAAUAAGUUUUGUCAAAGAUGUGGAUUUAAAGUAUAUAAUUGAAGUGAGGCAGUAAGUUGGAGGGAAUUCCAACACUUGGAGCUCAGGCAGCUGAAGGUGUAGCCACCAUUAGUGGACAAAUGAAAACGGGGCAAGCACAUAAAGUUGAAGAGCAGGAUGUUCGAGCGGGAUUUUGGGUUGGAAGAGGUCUAUAGAAAUAAAGAGAUGCUAGGAUGAGGAUUUCUAAAACAAGGCUUUGCUGGACAAAGAAUUAUUGGAGCCAGUGGUACAGGGGACAAUAGAGGAAUGGGCCUUUGCUGUAUUGUUGCAUUUUGCUGAGCUGAGAAUUAUGGGAGAGUUAGGUUGGAUGACCAGCGAGGUGAGCAUUGAAAUAACACAAAUGUAACACAAAAAAGGAUGACAUUUCUGACUAGGGGUGAGGUGAGGCAGAUUCUUACCUGUUAAGGGAGUCAAAGGCCAUGUGGCAGAGACAGGGAAGUGAAUUUGAGACCAUACUAAGAUCAGCUUAAUCUCAUUGAAUGGUGGAACAUGCCUGACGGGCCAAAUGGCCUACCCCUGGUCCUACUCUGCAUAUGUGCAUGCAAAACCAAAUACAAAGCAGAAAAUCCGCCUCGGACAUCGCUCAGGGAUCUCAGAAGAACUCGCCAGCUCAUCUGAACAGUGUCUUUGGGAUCUCCCUACCUGAGAGGGUGAGUAACAUCUCAUCUGAAGAACAGAAGCUCUGACAGUGCAGCAAUCCGUCAGCUGGAGUGACAUUCCAGAACUUGUGUUGAAGUGUUGGAAUCAGUCUGUCUCAAGGACAGGAAGCAGAACACAGUCUUGCCUCUGCGGCUGCAUUCCUCCCGGUGUUUAUCAUCAAUUGGACUCUGCAAUGAAUUUUCCAGGACAGAGUGGAUAACCCUGUCCAUUCUCAACCCAUUCCACAGCACCAUCCCCACCUCCCCUAAUAAAGAUUAGCCAUAACUAGAAUUGUGCACUGGGGCAUUCUGUGGAGGUGGAUCUUGUGAGAAACCCAUUUGAUUGAUAGAGGCACUGCCAUGGAGAUUGUACCAGUUAAAGAUACUUGACAGUUAGACUUUGUUUAAAUUUUAAACCAAACAUGUUGAGUUAUUGAUUUAUUAUUGUCACGUACUGAGAUACAGCGAAAACUAUUGUUUUGCGUGCUCUACAGGUCGAUUGUACUAUGCACCGUUGGACUACGAUUGGUCAGACUAAAAGAAGAACCAACUUGUACCAAUUUGCACCAAAGAUAUGGUAUAAGGCGAUGAAAGGAAGGCCUGUGCCCAGCAUCAUUGGCACAACUGAAGCACUUUUUACUCAACAUAAACGGGCAAUGAGUUCAAAACUGAUAGAUAUUGAUGCACUCACAGAGCGACUUCCCUCAGAUAGAGCAAGGCAUAGACAGCAGGACAGAGAUGCAUGUUUCUUUGGCAUUCUCAGGCUGUUCACAAUCAGGUAGCAGAACAGGGCCUGGACCAUGUCAACCUCUAUUUGCUUAACAUGUUUUAUUUGCAGGGAGAUUAAUGCAAAGCAACUUGCCAAACAAGAGGCCUGAUUAAUAUCUGGGGUAACAUGAUCGAUGGCAGUGAUGUGAAGUAGAUGUUAAUUAAUAUAUAAUCCCAUUGACCAGGCUGUCUGUAUUUACACUGCUAUUGCUGGGAAGUUAUUGAUUAAUCAACAUUGAGAGUGCAGUCUAUGUUCCAUCGAGUGGAGCACUACCCACAGGAGAGGUUAGAAAUGGAGCUGGUCAGGAUUGCUGCCUUGAAUCUCUUCAUCUUUCUUGUGAGUGGUGAAAAUGAAAAUGAUGGCAUCACAUGUAAUCCCAAUGUUACAAUCAGAGAUGGGAUGGUCACUCUGUCCAAAGAUGGGGAAGUUGGGAGCAUCUUAAGGUAUAACUGUCUCUUCGGGCUUUAUCCUUAUCCAGUAAUAAGCCGAAUCUGCAGAAGAAAUGGACGAUGGAGUUUAAUGAGAAAUGACCAGGGACAGAUCAUUUCGAAGGCAGAAUGCAGAGCAUUCAAGUGCCCGCCGCCUUCGAUUGAACAAGGAACAUUCUUUCCCAGCAACACAUUAUAUGCCGUGGGUGACACUGUCAGCUUCGAGUGCGAUGAUGGAUACAGCCUGUGGGGCUCGAAGAGUAGAACCUGCAUGAUCAAUGGAAGAUGGAAUGGGACCACAGCUGUCUGCCAGGAUGGAUUGGAUUCCUGUCCUAAUCCGGGCAUUCCGGCAGGAAGCGUGAAAUCUGGGACUAACUACGGCUUCGACGAUAAGGUCAAAUACCUGUGCCUCAAUGAUCUUGUUCUGAUUGGCUCAAAUGAGAGGAUCUGCCUGCAGACUGGCGAAUGGAGUGGAUCGGAGCCUGUGUGCCAACACAAAUAUUCCUUUGACCUGCCAGAGGAAGUGGCUUCUUAUUUCUCUGCCUCAUUUUCACGCUUUCUGAGUGAGUCAAAGAUUGACUCUCAGGUUAAGGAGAAAGACGAGAGCCAUGGCAGGAAGCUCAUACUGGGGCAAAAUCACAAACUUCAUAUUUACAUUCUGCUUGAUGUUUCUGGAAGCAUUCAGAAAGAGGAUUUUAAGAAAGCCAUUAAAGCCAUUACCACCUUUAUCACCAUGAUCAAACAAUUUGAAGUUGGGGUCAAUUAUGGCCUCGUGAUGUUCGGCUCUCGGUCACGUGUGGAGGUCCAUAUUGCUCAUGGUGACGUGAGUGACUCAGAUUCUGUACUCCAAAUACUGCCUACUCUUAAGUAUGAAGACAUCGCAAGGUACAGCGAUGCAGGAACAAACAUGACUGGAGCUUUGAAAACGAUUUUCGAAAUGAUGGUUCUGAAGAAGGCAUCAAUGAAGGACAAACAAGCAGAAUGGAGGGAGGUCCGACACGCCAUCAUGAUCUUCACUGAUGGGAGGAAUAACAUGGGAGGAAAUCCUAAACCGAUGAUGGAUCGCAUUCGGAACUUCCUGGACAUUGAGAAAGUUGGAGAAGAGUUUCUUGAUGUCUACGUGUUUGGCCUUGGCAAUGAUGCUGAUGGAGAGGAGAUGAACUCAGUUGCAUCUAAGAAGAACAACGAGAAGCAUGUGUUCCUCAUUCAGAUGGAUGACCUAACAACUGUCUUCAAUGCGAUGCUAGAUCUCACUUCCGUUGGAAACCUGUGUGGUUUUGCCAAUAAAAGUUUAACUGUAAGCGACCAGAGUUCCUUUCCAUGGUACGCAGAAGUUCGCAGUAAUGACAAUCCGGACUUUCGAUGUUCUGGAUCCAUUGUGGGGGAGGAGUGGAUCCUAACAGCAGCCCAUUGCUUCGAAUAUCUGACCGAGGGAGACACUAACAGCAGACUCAUUUUCGUUGGGGUUUCUGAUAAGAAGGUACAACUGAAAAUAGACAGAGUGAUAAAACACCCAAACUACAACCUGACUGGGAAGGUGGAGAUGGGCAUCCGGGAGUUUUAUGAUUAUGAUAUUGCCUUGGUAAAGAUAAAGUCAAAACUGAGCUUCACAACAAAUAUCAGACCCAUUUGCCUGCCAUGCACAGUGGGCACCAGUGUUGCUUUGAGGAUAUCUCAGACCAAACCAACCUGCGCUGAACAUGAGAAAGAACUGCUACCAACUUUGGGAACUGUUGAAGCCAAGUUUAUUCAGAAAAUUCAGAAACACGAACUGAAAAACGUGAAGAUAAAAACUGGUGCAUCGGAAAGAGCUUUGUGCGAGCAGGACGCGACCGCUGCUGCCAUAUAUGUCAAUGUCAGCAAUGUCAAAGAUGUAGUCACUGACCGCUUUCUGUGCACAGGAGGAAGUAGAAAGAAUCCCGAGGCCAUCAGCUGUAAAGGAGAUUCAGGAGGACCCUUGUACAUUCAGAAACUAUACCGAUAUAUUCAGGUGGGAGUCGUAAGCUGGGGAGUCGUGAACAAGUGUGAAUAUUCCAAUCUGCCACACCACGCCAGAGAUUUUCACAUCAAUUUGUUCAAGGUGCUGGACUGGUUAAAGCAGCACUUGGGCAACAGCACCAGAUUUCUGGACCAGUAGGUGUCGCACUUCCCUUGCAGGUAGCUGAGCAGAAUCCAGUGCCAUUUCUUCGAGCCUGCUGACUGAAAUCACUGCUGCACUUUUGAAGAAGUCUCGCCUACCUUGUGUCACAGUGAUUUUCUCAGAGCUGCUUGUUCCAAGUCAAUAUGUAUAAAUAUAUAUAGACACACAUUUUACACCACACACACCAAUUCCCAGCAUGAUAGUUUUCCCAUACUGGCUGGGAUCCCAUCAUGGUCCAGGAAUCUCCCGUUUCUGCAAAAUUCUGAAAGAAUUACCAUUCUGUGGCUUUACAGAGUCACAGCUUGAGGUCUCCCACCUGUUAAAGUAAGUGCAUGCAUUUCAGUGCAGAUUAGAAUUGGCCCAGAAUAAGUGUUUAAAAUGUGCUGCAUGUGCUCAGAGUUUGUGUAUCAUUGUCAGCGUCAGCUAGCAGUACUAAAACAAGCAACUAGCUUGAUUCAAACUGGCAGUGACAUUCAAUUCACCCAUUCUUGUAGCUGUGCAGUCUGUAACAAAUUGCAGAUUUUUGUAUCCACGCUACCCAUGAUUUCUCAACUAUUCCUUCUGUAAAGCAUGUUUCUGAUAUUUUAGUCAAUGAUAAAGACGCUCAGAAUAUUUCAGCAAGAUGAGAUUCUCAACUUCCAAUGUGGAUCAUUGAUUAUGAUAUUUAGUUGACGAGCAUUGUCCUUUCAAAAGGAACAAUAAAAACCAAUUUGAAUAAAAUAU